AUGCAAGCAGCUGCGCGGAGGGGCGUGGCGGCGGCGGCCGCCGCGUCGGCGUCGGCGUCCUUCCACUCCACCGCCGCGGCGCUCUCCAAAUCCACGCCUCGUAUCCGGUUCAACGUCCGGGAAAAGCGCACCGACGCGAAGAAUGCCCUCAAGAACGUUCUACUUAACGGCGGUCCCUCCCAGGAAAGAUGUAAUAAGCAAACGAGGCAGCAGAAAGCUGGUGGCAAAUCGAAAGUCCGCUCCGGUCCUGGAAGUAAUCCGUAUAGCAAAGGCAGAGGUGGGAUAGACUGGAGGAACUUUGAUGGUGAUGAUUCUAGUGAUAGCCCUUACGGGAGCUUUGGCGGCAAGACAUCUUUUACGUGGUACUGGCCCGGGGAGGAGGAUGAUGAUGACCUUCCUAAUGGGUUCCAAUGGAGGGAGGAGCCUCGACCGAACAAAUCAAGGGAAAAAGUUUGGAACGAGAGUGAUGUGGAUGAGGAAGAGGCCCCUCGUCGUGACGAUCUAAAAAGCCAUAGAAUAUCCCUUGGCUUGCCAGUUUUGGGUCCCUUAAAGCUUGAUCAUAUCAAGUCCGCUUUUCGCGCGUCAGCUCUCAAGUGGCACCCGGACAAGCACCAAGGAUCUUCACAGGCUGAAGCAGAGGAUAAGUUCAGGCGCUGCGUCGAAGCGUACAACGCCUUGUCUGGUGCUUUCAAACGGAGUAGCUAA